UUAAAUAAGCUUACCCUCUCUCUCUCUCUCUCUCCAACUGCUUCUUUCUCCUCCUUCCAAUGGCAGCUACAGAAGCAAAAGCAAAGACAGAAGCUAAAGAAGUACCCAAAGUAGUGGUAGCGGAAAACCCAGAACCUCUCGCAUACAAGACAUGGGUCUUGAAAGUCUCCAUCCACUGCGAAGGCUGCAAAAGAAAAGUAAAAAAGAUUCUAACAAACAUUGAAGGCGUUUAUAAGACAGACAUUGAUUUGAAGCAACAGAAAGUCACUGUAACAGGGAAUGUGGACUCAGAGACUUUGAUCAAGAAACUGGUAAAGACAGGGAAACAUGCAGAGCUAUGGCCUGAGAAAGCUAGCUCAAAAGAGAAAAAGCAAGGCAAAUCGAAGAACAAAGAGAAACAAAGCGAGCAAGAAAGCUCUGAAGAAAGCAACCGUGUCGAUGACAAGGAAAAAGAGACGGUGAAAGCUGACGUUCAAGGCCACGAUCCUGCUAAAAAUGGUGAAGGUGGUGAGGGUUGUAACGUCAAAGUCGGUGAAGGGGGUGCUGCGACUGGUAAAAACGGCGGACAAACGACCAAGCCAAAGCAUGAAGUGAAGCAAACUGUGACCGUACCGGCCGGUAUCCAGUCUCCGGUGGCUGAGAAGAAGGGUGGUGAUGGUGAGGUUAAUGGGGGUGAUCAGAAAAGUGGUGGUGGCAGUGGUGGUAAAAAGAAGAAAAAGAAGGGGCAAAAAGCGAAUAACAACAGCAGCAACACCAUUGAUGAGGCCGAACAUUCUGGUGAUGCACCGCAAACUCAAAGCACUGGAUCAGCAAAUCAUGGUCAAGGUCCAAUGCCAAUUCCAGCUGCAGCCAAUGACAGCCCUCCACUUCAGCAGCAUGUGUACCAUCAAUACCCCCCAGCCAAUUACAUCCCACAACGUCAGCAGUUAUACCAUCAAUACCCACCACAUUACCAUGCACAUUCAGUUACGAGCUACAAUGUUGCAUACCCUAGCAGCGCAUCAUACUAUACCUCACAACCACCGUAUUCAUACGCGUACAUGCACCCGGGUCCGGGGCUUGAGACCGAUACGGAACGGGACCGUCCACCGGCCGACUACGACGGGUAUUCGUCACACCCAACGACGGAUUCGUUUGAGUUAUUUAGUGAUGAAAACCCAAAUGGGUGCACAAUCCUGUGACAUAUAUAUAUUGUGCUCAAUGGAUGAUAUUGGAAAUCUAGGGCAUAGACAGCUUAUACCACUCGUAUAAGCGAAUGGGCGAUAUAAUUUUUGUAAUGUAUGUAGAUAUAUGAAAAGAGAAGUGGUAGUUUGAGACAUCUAGAUGUGGGGGGGGGGGGGGGGGGGGGGGGGGGGGGGGGGGGGGGGGGGGGGGGCGGAAAUAAACGUUGUUUGUUUCAG